CCCAGGCCGGGAGCUUCCGGGUUCCCUGGGCUCCUGCGAUGGCGAUGAGUUUCGAGUGGCCGUGGCAGUACCGCUUCCCGCCCUUCUUUACGCUGCAGCCGAACGUGGACACUCGGCAGAAGCAGCUGGCCGCCUGGUGCUCGCUCGUCUUGUCCUUCUGCCGCCUGCACAAGCAGUCCAGCAUGACGGUGAUGGAAGCGCAGGAGAGCCCCCUCUUCAACAACGUCAAGCUGCAGCGGAAGCUUCCUGUGGAAUCCAUCCAGAUUGUAUUAGAGGAACUGAGGAAGAAAGGGAACCUCGAGUGGUUGGAUAAGAACAAGUCUAGCUUCCUAAUCAUGUGGAGGAGGCCAGAAGAAUGGGGAAAACUCAUCUAUCAGUGGGUUUCCAGGAGUGGCCAAAACAACUCCGUGUUCACCCUGUAUGAACUGACCAAUGGGGAAGACACAGAGGAUGAGGAGUUUCAUGGGCUGGAUGAGGCCACUCUUCUGCGGGCUCUGCAGGCCCUACAGCAGGACCACAAGGCUGAGAUCAUCACCGUCAGCGAUGGCCGAGGUGUCAAGUUCUUCUAGCAGAGACCAUCUCUGCUGUUGCUUCUUACCUCCCUCCCUUUCAGGGCUUUUGAAUGGAGGCAGACCCAGUGUUCCCACAGGUUGGAUCUGGGACUCCACCAGACUCUAAAGGGCUCCAGUCCACGGAUGCAUCUCCUGCUUACCUGUGUUGUCCCUGGACUGGCUGAGGCUGAGGUGUCAGGGAAAGGAGAUGGACUUCUCCUCGCCCCACCUCUACUCCCGUCCAAGGUCACUUGUGAGCUUAGCACUUAACAUGCGUGUACGCAUAAGUGCUUGCACACACAAGCACGCCUGUCCAAACGUCUGUCUCUUCCCUCUCCCACCCCCUUAGCUGCUGUUGCCACCCAUCUCAGGCUGGUGCUGGAUCCUUCCUAGGGGAUGGGGGAAGCCCUGGCUGCAGGCAGCCUUUCCAGGCAAUAGAAAGAUAAGAGGCCCAGAAGGGCCGGCGAUUAGGGGUCUAAUGACACUGAUUGAUAUUAAAAAAAGUUCAACCCUA